AUGAAAUUCAACGAAGACAACGUGGAAUCCAACGAAGAUAACAUAGAAUCCAAUGAAGAUAACACGGAAUUGAACGAAGAUAACAUGGAAUCUAACGAAGACCACAUCAUACCAUUAAUCAAUUACGAUUUUGUCACUACUCCAUUGGAAUUUUGUGUCAAUUACUCUGAAUUUCAUAACCGAAGUGAAAAUUUUCUCAAAGGUUGCAAAUGGUCCCCUGACGGUUCCUGUUUAUUAACCAACGCGAAUGAUAAUGUCCUUCGUGUAUUUGACUUACCUUUAGAGGCUUACGAGCAACCAUGUUUGACACUACCUGAUCUGACUUGCGCAUUGAGAAUGGCAGAAGGAGAAACUAUCUAUGAUUAUACUUGGUAUCCCAAGAUGUCAUCAUAUGAUGCCGCUACAUGCUGCUUCUUAAGUACAAGCCGAGAUCAUCCUUUACACUUGUGGGACGCUUAUACCGGCCAAAUUAGAUGCUCCUAUAGCUGUUUUAAUCAUUUGGAUGAAUUAUCACCCGCUCAUAGCUUGGCCUUUAGCUUAAAUGGUGAUUUAAUUUAUUGCGGUAGUAAAAAAUCCGUUCGUGUAUUCCAUACUUCAAGGCCGGGUCGCGAUUUUGAAAAUAGACCAACUUUCGUUAAUAAGGAAGGACAAAGUGGGAUUAUAUCAUGUAUAGCGAUGAACCCUUACCAUACAAAUUUAUAUGCUGUUGGCUCAUAUUCUCGAUCAGUUGGCAUUUAUGAAGAACCCAGCGGCUAUCUAUGUUUUCAAUUGAAGGGCCAUCAUGGGGGAAUUACUCAUUUACAAUUUUCUCUUGACGGAAAUCGGCUCUUCACUGGCGGAAGAAAGGACAGUGAAAUUUUAUGUUGGGAUCUUAGACAACCUGGUGUUGUGCUUUGCUCUAUGACAAGACAAGUUUUAACUAAUCAACGAAUUUAUUUUGAUCUAGAUCCGUCAGGAAGAUAUUUAUCAUCCGGCAACCAAGAUGGUACAAUCAACAUCUGGGAUACAACGUUAUCAGCACAAAAUGAUGAAAAGGAUUCUCCAUUACCUUCGUUACUACAAUUUGUUGCCCAUCGUGAUGCCGUAAAUGGUGUUAGCUUUCAUCCAACCUUACCUCUUCUUGCUUCAUCAUGUGGUCAACGUUUAUUUGUUACGCCCGGUCGUAAUUAUGAUAAUGAUAAUGACGUUGAUCAGGAUCCUGAAGAGCACAUAAUGACAGAAUCUUCUGUAAAACUUUGGUCUUUGCUAUCGCGUAAUAGUAAGGCGUAA